AUGUCGCCGAUUUCGUCUUCUUUGGUUCCGAGUCAGCUCCCGAGUUCAGCCGUCGCGAGCUCGUUCCUCCGACAGAAUGCAGCAUCGGACGGUGUGGAUCUCGCAGACGGCGACCGAAAGUGCCUGAUCGGCAACCAAUCGGAGCCCUGCACGUGCGACUCGGCGGCGCACGGCACGCGCCAAGCGGAUCCGGCAAGUGUACCGCGGUGUGGUGGCGGUAAUUGUACUGUUGACGGUAACGUAAAUAUGGUUGAAACGGGUGAGAUGGACAGGCACGAAGCAGAUGCGCUGCGCGCUAUACCCCAGGAGGCUGAGUCGCCGCAAUUCCCGGUGGCAAUGCAUGUGCGUGAGGCGGCGGCGGCGGCGGCGGCGGCGGCGGCGGCGGGGGCGGGAUCGUGGGCGAGGCGAUCUCGGGCGAACUGGUGGUCUGCUUCGGGCGCGGCAGCGGAAGCAGCAGGGGCGGCGACUGGGCACAGCGCGGGCGCUUAUGUAUCGUAUGCUUCUGCGCCAUCACCCAUGGGCGCAAUGGGCGCGAUCGGCGCCAUGUCCGCAAUCGGCGCAACUGGCGCAACGGGCGGAACGGGCGGAACGGGCGCAAUGGGCGCAAUGGGUCCUGGAGCUGCGUACUACUAUCCCUACCGCGCAUGGCGACCGAGCGACGAUCGAUUCGCGUCUCAAUUCUCCUCUCGCGAAGGACACCUUGUGCCCGCGCGCGCGCCCCCGCCGUCCGCGCAUGUGCCGCCAUUUCAGAUGCAGCCGUUUCCGCCCGUUGCGCCAGUCACUCCCGCCUCGCCCUCCCGCGCGCCUCCACCGGCUGUGUCAGCAUUGCGUGACGGGGUCGCAACGGCAGCAGCAGUAACAGCAGCAACAGCAGUAGCAGGGGCGCGGGUGCGAUCGUCAGCAUCACCACCAUCUGCAGGUAUGCAUGCGGUCUCACCACGUGCUGAAGCAGCAGCAGAAGCAGCAGCCGGAUCAGAAGCAGCAGCAGGAGCGGACGCAGCAACGCCAGCAGCAACAACCGUUACGACGUGCGGUUACCGCGGGGUGCGGCAGCGGCCGUGGGGCAAGUGGGCAGCGGAGAUCCGCGAUCACACGCGUGGGGUGCGCGUGUGGCUGGGCACGUACGACUCUGCUGAGGCUGCUGCCCGUGCAUACGACGCUGCUGCCCGCGCCAUCCGCGGUCCUCAUGCCAAGACCAAUUUCGCUCCUCUUGGAGAUGAGGGCGGGGGCGGUGGGGUGGAGGUGGAGCGGCGUGGGUGUGGGUCGUUUGAGAGCGCGGCAGCGUCGGGCGUGUCUGACGAUGCCUUGCCGCUGCUCCCCUCUGUGCCUGCUGCUAACACCGCUUCCGCUGCCACCGGUGCUGCUGCUGCUGCUGCUGCUGCUGCUGCCGUUGCUGCUGCCGGUGCUGGUGCUGGUGGUGGCGGUGGCAGUGGUGUGGGCGUGGCGUCUGCAUGUGUGCAGGACCUUGACGACAUCUCCUGUGCACUCUUUGGUGGCGGCGGUGACGACGACAGCGACGAGGGCCUGCUGCUGCUGCACGGGGACCUGAGCUUAGACGCGUUUGACUUGCACAUGGAUGUGGAUGGCAUGGAUGGCAUGGCGCAGCUUGAUGACCUGAAUGACUUGGAUGAGUCGAGUCGGGAGGAGGAGGAGCAGGCGGACAGGGAGGGGUAUGUGGGAGAGGGGGAGGAGGGACAGGAGGGCAGAGAGGAAGGGGGAGAAGGAGGGGGAGAGGGGGUGGAGCUGGAGCUUCUGGGGAAUGAGGUGGAGAGGGGGUUUGUUCUUGAUGAUGCGGAUUUUGACCUGACACUGGAGCUUGAGCAGGAGGAGCUGGAGGCCAUGACACUGGACAAUGCCGAGGCGGAGGAGGGGAACGGAUUUCAAGGGAAGCGCAACCAUGCUGCUGCUGCUGCUGCGUCGCUGGGGAUGGGUGUGGAGGUGGGCGGGGCGGACGGCGGGGCGGAGGAGGAGGAGGAGUUGGUGGGGGGGGAGUUGGAGCUGUUGGAGGGGUUGGACUGUGAGGGCAUGGCGUUCAACUUCAUGGCUGAGAUUGACAGCGUGCUGCUGCUGCAUGACUCCUGUGCUCUUGACGCUGCUGCUGGUGCUGCUGCUGGUGGUGCUGCUGGUGCUGCUGGUGCUGGUGCUGGUGCUGGUGCUGGUGCUGGUGCUGGUGCUGGUGCUGGUGCUGGUGCUGGUGUGGGUGCUGGUGGUGGUGUUGGUGGUAAUGGUGGUGGUGAGCGGGUUGCUGAGUUUACUGGGCAGCCGGAGAGGCACAGCAGGGCGAGAGAGGGGGAGGGCCAUGGCAGUGGGUAUCGCAGCAGUCGCAGUUAUGAUGCUGGCACAUACAGAGAAGCCAUUGCUGCUGCUGCUGUGGUGCCAAAGCAGAGUAGCUGGUCGGAGGGGUGCAGGGAUGGAGCGCGUGCUGUGGUUGCUGCUGCGAGCGACCUGUUUGAGUGGAGUGGGCCCAUGUGCGAUGCUGGCGAUGGCAUGGUGGAGAUCUCCUUUGGCCUGGACUGA